AUGGUGUCUCUUGCUGAGCUCAGUGGGAAGCUUGGCCAAUUUAUUGGCAAUUCUGAAGUUAUUACUAAAGCAAUUAAAGAUGCUAUUAACAGCAUUAUUAACAGUGAUAAUGAGUUCAAAAGCCUUAGAAAGUCUUCGUCUCCGACUCCGCAGUCUUCUGCUUCCGUGCCUGCUGGGCUCAUAGAUACUGUGAAGCUUCAGCAGAAAAUUCAGCGUUAUGAAGCAGAAAUUGCAUCACUUGACUCUAAAAUAAAACAACAUAAAAACCUAAAAACGUCUGUCCCCGAUGACCUUAAUAAGUCUCAUGAGUCUUGUCAGUCCAAGUUGCAGUCUCUUCAGAAGCUGAAGAGCCUUAAUGACUCCUUGAAUUCUCUUAGUAAUAAUAAUGAUGAUGCUUGCAAAAACCUUUUAAAGAGUCUUUGCACAGGCCUCGAAAAAUUUCUCGGCUUCAGUAAUGGUAAUUACACUGGCGAGGGCAUUGUGUACUCGGACCUUGACAGGCUCUGCGACGGGGUGAUGUCUUUCCUUCAUGGUGUUUUAAAUGAAGUUUAUAAAAAUGAUAAUCUUCUAAAAUACAAAGAUCCUUUAACUACGCCACUUGCAAAAAUUAAAGAAGCUCUCUAUAAUAGAGAGCGUUUUGAUAGUAGUAUUCGCGCUGUGAGUCAGGGGAUUAAGCAGUGGGUGAGGGGGGUGGAUGGAAAGCAUAAUAACGUUACAAAACCAUUGGAAAAUUUAGAGAGAAUUAUCGACGGUCAUCUGACACUUGACAUGGAAAAAAUGUCCCUUGUAAAUAAAUUGCAAAAUUGGCAAAGUAUUUCAGGCCUUUACCUUCAAGAUGCUGAGAAGGCUGAGAGAGCCUUGGAGGUAAUUGAUGGAAAUCUGAGAAGUAAAAUAGCGGACAAAAUUGAAUUAGUUAAAACCGUUGUUAGCAAUUUUUGGACGUCCGCUAAUGACCGCGCCGUAACAACUUUUGUUACCCAGCUUGAAAAUAGAUUCAGUCAACAUCGUAGAGAAGUGCGGACGCAUAUUUCGAGCCAAAUAAAUGAGGUUGAUAGAAUUUUGAAUGUGAAGUUUUCGAGUAUUGAGAAGAAUAUUAAUGAAGUUAGGCUGCAAAAAACUACGCAGAUUAAGAAGAUUGAAUCAGCCGUGUCAACGGCCGAGAAGCUGGCGGAGGAUUUGCUUAGUGACGAUAAGUCAGAGGGAUUCACACAAAAGUAUAAGAACGAUAUAACUCAGAGGUUUGAUGAAAUAAAAACAGAGAUUGAGAAGUUUGCUAAGAAUGAUGAUAACAGCACAGAGCUUUUGAAGCAAUUUGGAAUCGUCAAUCAGCAAGUCACGGGACUGGAAGUCGAUGUGCUGGCGGAUUUGGAUAGGUUGAAGGAGGGGAUUAAUGAACUUGCCGCAGGUGUGCAAAAUGAUAAGGCUGGCGGUAAUGGUCUUGUGAGCGGUGAGUUGACAGAUCUUCAGACGGCGAUGACGAAUCUAGGUAGUAAGACCCUUGAGCCGAUUACGAGUAAGUCAGCCGAACUGUGGGUUAACUAUGAGCAGGAGUCUAAAGGAAAAAUCGAGGGACUUGCAAGUCAUUUAAGCUCUUUCAGAGAAGCCAUCUACGGUCAGGGAGGAUCCCACGACCAACCAGCUGCCGACUCUCUCGCUAAGUGUAUCAUUGACUUAACGGCUGCGAUCGGCGGUAAUGGCGACGACGCCGACGAUGACGAUGACGAUGACGCAGAUGAAGACGGCAAGCUUGACAAAGCAAUUAAGAAGUUCAACGAUGCCGCUGAAGCAGAAAUCAGAAACGCAGCCAGGACGGCGAUUGAGAGGGCUCUCGAGGAAUUCAAGAUGAAGCGUAGUGAUACAGGUGAAGAUCAAAUUAAUGUGAAGGCUAUCAUGGGACUCUUUGAAAAAUCUAGAAGUGCGCUUACAAUUGCCGUUCAAAAAAUUCAUGAAGAACUUGGCGCUCUAAAAAAUGUUCCCAGCACUGUCCAACAAAACCAACAGACUGCCGGUUAUGUAAUGGACGACUUGAAAUCUAGAAUUGAUGGCAUUCUAGACAGUAUCAAAGCAAUAAAUGAACCAAUUAGAUUAGCCGGCGAAGCCCUGGAAUCGGCGAUUAAGGCCGUAGAAGCAGCCUUACAAACCGCUCGCCAGACUGCGAAUGGAAAAUUGCAAGAGUUGAAAAUAAACCUGCAGGGGUUUGUGAAUCGGGCCCUCAACGACCUAGAAGAUAGCGUAGAAAAUAUGUUCGAUUCCCAAAAGAAGGCUGAAUUGAAGGCGUUAUAUACUUCCGUGAGUGCCCAGGUCCCCCAAAUUGCUGACAUUAUCCAAAAGGAUUCAGACACAGGCCUGAAAGGCCUGAUGAACAAGCUGCAAGAUACGUUUGAGAUACAUGAACUGUAUCCCUCUGGCAAUGAACUUCGUUUAUUCGCUGUAAAUGUACAAAACUUCUGGAAAGAGUUUUUUGGAGCUCUUAAAGAGCAAUCUGAUUUGCUCUCUUACGAAGAGAGAAUUACGUCAGUCACUUCAUCUCUCGACAGUCUACUUGACACCAUGUUUGACAAAAAACACUUCCACCACUCCGUCUCCGAAAAAAUCGACGCACUUCAAAAAGCACUGCACAACUUCACUCCAACGAAAUUCGCCGAAGCCUCUCCCCUGCUCAACGUCAUAAAGCAAGGCGUCACGGACCUCCACGAGGAGCUACGCAAGCAGUACGUCAGCAGGUACUCCGGUGUGCAUUUCACUGGACCUCUAGUGAAACCUAAAGAGAAUUCCAAAACAAUACCAGUUAAAGUCCCCAAACAGACUGACGACAAUAAUGAAUUGACUGACGAAGGCCGCAAUGCCGCCAAAGUAUGUGCCACGCUUUUAGCCAUUUUGCGUCGCGACUUGAACAAUCUAAGAGAAGAAUGUGACACGAAUUGGAAGACCAAGAAAAUCUGUGAAGUAGAUGGCGAUAAAAAGAAUCCUCUUGGCGUAUUCUUACAGCGCUGUGGAUUCCAAGUAGCCAAAAAUCUACUCUCCAAGGAGGGCGAGUUGAAAUUACCUAUCAACGAUUUCACUGGUGACAACAUUCAAUUAAAGCUGAAUGACACUAUUUCAACCGCCACUCAGAAUGAACAUCUUAAAACGUGUUUAUUACGUGGUGAUGACUUCAAUGCCCUCGACAUCCUUGACUGUCUGUUCGAUCACCUCACUCAAUAUAAUAAGACUUGCCACUUAAUUAUUCCACAAUCACCUAAGUCACCGUCUAGCGUAAACGAGAUGCUGCAAUGGCUGGUCGGCCUCCGGUACAAUCCCAUGCGGCAGCCAGUCGUGAGUGCCUUCAACGGGUUGUUUAGCGACGCAGAAAAAGGAUUGGCCGUGACAGCUCCACACGAUGUCCUAAGCAAGCUAUCGAAAUCUACGCUGAGACCUAACACACUGGCAGGCACACUUACCGUAGUGUGCCGUCAAGCCGAAAAAACACUCAUCGCCAUCCAGGGCUACGGACAUUCCGACGGGCGUUACGCCUGCGAGUUCUCCGACAACUCCCGCAAUUUAAUGUAUCCCACAAACCCUGCCGCGUGCAUGGACAUGCUUAUAGAUAUACUGUGUAGGCUUCAACAACAAUUGUGCUUCCUCUACAGACAAUGUUGUGUCGUAAGUAAAUGCAGUGGAUGGCGUGACUGUCAUUACGGUCAACACGUCGCUGGGUCAUCGUGGCAGUGCAAUGAGAAGCAAUGCCCUGACCAAACGUGUGACCAAACAUGUAACCAAAAGUGCAAACAACAUCCUGACUGUGGCCUCAAGUCGCCGCUUCAAUCGUUCCUUGAAGACGGCCUACAAGGGUUCUUGCCGCAUCAAUUCAAAACGCCCGGUUGCAAACUAGAAUGUACCGUGUCUAACCACAGGGGAUUGCCUUGUAAGACGCCAAUGGGUUUCGGUGAGCUUGCCACGACAGCAUCUCACACUAAAACAGGUGCGUAUCUCAGAGAUGUGCUCUACGAUUUCUGUGGCGAUGCUAGCAAGCCGCUCAGCAGAUUAUGCGGCUACCUUGUAUGCCUUGUAAAUCGUCCACCUGGAACGUUAGGCGAGAUGUUUGGGUUCUACUAUUCCUUCAUCCAUGGUUGGAGUGGUAGCGGUACCCAUCGUAAGGAUGGCUUCAACAAAGCCGUGAUCAGUGCCAAUUUCGAAAACGAAAGUACAAGCCUGGACAUUGCUCCAAUAUUCAAAAGCAUCGAUCAUAAAUCUGGUAAUUGUAUGCCACACCUCACCGGUGAUCUGCACGCUCUUGUUAAAUGCACCGGUACAACAGGGGACGCUGCGUCACACCCAUGUGGUCCGUAUAUGAGAUCACUGUGCCAUGACAUCCGAGGCAUAUAUUCAGAGACGUACGCAGCCAAAUAUCUAUCGUGGAUUGUCUACUUAACAGAGACUUUCUAUAAGCUGCUAAGCAAUUUGUAUGAUGAGUGUAACAGUAAAUGUGGCGGUGAGAAACCAAGAUGCCGUAAAAGUAAAUGCAUUACAAAUUGCGGAGCUACAAAGUGGCCGAUGAGCCCUGAAUCGACGCAUGAUGAAUCCUGUCAUUCAAUUGUAAAUUGCACAUUCACACUGCCAACAUUGUGCAAAUACGGUCUAUAUUUUGAAAACACGUUAGACCUCGCCGGCAUGAAUGGAAUGCCAUUGAAACGCACAUGUAAUGAUUUUUGUACACUAUUAAAAACAGUGCUAAAUGAAAACUCUGUUCUUGUUAAACUCUUCCAUGCUAUCGAUGGAUUCUUGAAGCAAAUCAGAUGGCCAUUCAUGACAACCUUAUUAGCCCUCUGGUCGCUGUCGCUCCUGUACCUGCUGCACAUCGCCGUCGUCCGCCUCGACGUCCUGAGGAUACGCUCCCACCUGAGAUCACCAGCAUCGCACCGCAUCGCCGCACAGUCGCUACUCGCCGCCGCACGCGUCAGGGCACUCGCCAACGUCAAGUACUUCUCAGCCGUGAUCGUUGCCUUCACGUUGUGA